UGGAUCAUUUACACGAAUUCGUCCAACACUAAAAUAGAGGGAAAAACCAUAUUCAGUUAGCGCUGAAACGAUCACAUAUUGAUCAUCUGUGUUGAUACAUAUAUUUUUGAAUGUUUAUGUGGAAUGGAAAAGAUUUUGGAGCAUAACUUGAUUGAAUAUUUUACAUCUAAUGAAAAUUUUUUAGCUUUUGCUUUUUGUAUCGGUUUUUGAUCUUGAUAUUAAAUGAGAUAUUCGUUGUUCUUCAGAAUGGUUGCUCUAUGAUCAAGAAAACUUCAGAAUCCUAUUAAAUAUUAUAGAUCAAACCGGUAGAAGAAACAAAAUCAAAAAGAUUUUUCAUUAAAUAUAAAACUUUCUUCCAAUUAAGUUGUGCUGGGAACGAAAUUAACUGAUGCGUAAAUAAUUCUAGCAGAAGGAAAUUCUCGAUUAGCAACAACAUUUCUUUACAAAACUAUAUCUUCGACGGAUUUUAAGAAAGUAUGAUUGAUUGAAAACGGAUAAGUUUUCGGCAAGAAAAGCAUAAAAUUGUUUAUAAAAGCAUAAAGAGCCAACUAAUGGCAGGAGCUAAAAACAUUGUAUUCAUAGGUACAGUUUACUUCACCGCUUAAAAUAUGUUUCGUCGAAAUUCCCGAAGACACUUGGGAUGUUCCCUUGUUAGUCAUACUCAGGUCCGAGCUACUGACGUUAAAAUUCUAUUAACACGUUUUAUACUACUUUGAUUCAUUAAUAAUUUAUAAUAUUGUGUUAUUUCAUCAUAUUGACCUGUUCUAAUAUUUUCAACAAUCUGUUUGAAUGAGAUAAUGCCUUGAUCAUACAUUGAACAAACAAUUUCUAUUUCAAUCCGCGAUACUCGUAAUACUUGUCUUUUCUUGAUGUUAUUAACAGACGUUUCAUCUCAAACAGGUGUCUUUAUACCUAAAAAAGAAAAAAAUCAUGUUUUAUAUCAUAUUGACAAUUUAGAUAAAUACAUUGUCUUUUAGACAAAUGGAUCCGUUAUUUGUUCAAAGACUAGGUGUUAUAAGACAAUUUAUCAUAUUACGAUGCCAAUGCAUCAUUAUGAACGAUCAACAUUAGUCGAUUUAUAUGCUAAACUUGGUCCAACACCUCGUCGUUUUUGCGAUUUAACGGGGAUACCAGUUGAAGCAAUUUAA